UUAGGGAUCCCGGAAUGCCGGUCGGGACGUCAUCAUCCCCUUUGCUUCAUCGGGUUAACCCCCCCCAAAAUCCCCAAAUCCCUCGCCAUUAGGGAUCCCUCGGCCAAAAUUCCCCAAAUUCAUUCAUCCCCCAGCCUCUGGACUCUGCUUCUUCUUCUUGAGACUGCUCAAUCGAUCCAAUCCUCCCGGCGAGGAUCCGGCGAUCCAUCAGCCAUCCCCACCUCGCCGCAGAUCCAGCCGUACGGGCAUCGAUGUGUCCGCUCGCCGUCUAGGCACCCCCCUGCCCCAGCGCGCCCGCCGCUUGUAUGGAAACACGCAGCCGCAAGCGCGCCGCCGCCUCCUCCUCCUCGGCCUCCAGCUCCUCCUCCAAGCGCGCUCGCCCCACCCUCGCUCCCCGCGCCGCCCGCCGCUCCUCCUCCGCCGCCGCCGCUGCGCAAGCGCUGCCCAUGGACCCCUCCCCGUCCUCCCGCCGCCGGGCCCGCGCCGCCGCCGCCGCCGCCCAAGCCGCUGACAAGGGCAAGGACCCGGACCCUUCCUCCACCUCCAACCCCUCGCCCCCGGCGCCCCUCCCCAACGAUGACGAAGACGACGACUCCGCCGCCCCCUUCCCGCCCUCCUUCACUUCCGCCAGCACCGCGCUCCAGGGACUCCUCCGCAGGCUCGGCGCCGGCCUGGACGACCUCCUCCCGGGCUCCGCCGCUGCAGCUGCAGCGUCCUCUUCCACCACCUCCGCCCAGCUCAAGAGGAUCCUCGCCGGCCUGCAGGCCGAGGGCGACGAGUCGCGCCAGCUCAGCUCCCUCAUGCAGCUCUGCGAGAUGCUCUCCAUCGGCACCGAGGACUCGCUCGCCGCCUUCCCGGUCGACGCCUUUGUGCCCCUCCUUGUUGGACUGCUUGGCCGUGAGGAGGCCGCUGGCGGCGCCAGCCCCGAUGUCAUGCUGCUUGCUGCCCGCGCCCUCGCCAACCUCGUCGACGUCCUCCCGUCGGCCUGCUCGUCUGUAGUGCACUAUGGGGCUAUUCCAUGUUUCUGUGCCCGGCUUCUCACAAUCGAGUAUAUGGACCUCGCUGAGCAGUCUCUGCAAGCUCUUAGGAAGAUUUCUCUGGAGCAUCCCACUGCAUGCUUGAGAGCUGGUGCACUAAUGGCUGUCCUAUCAUAUCUCGACUUCUUCUCCACUGGUGUUCAGAGAGUAGCAUUGUCUACUGCUGCUAAUAUUUGCAGGAAACUGCCAUCUGAUGCAUCUGAGUUUGUCAUGGAAGCUGUACCGUUGCUCACUAAUCUCCUACACCACCAUGACUCUAAGGUACUAGAGCAUGCUUCUGUUUGUUUAACACGCAUUGCAGAGGCUUUUGCUCACUAUCCAGAAAAGUUGGAUGAGUUGUGCAAUCAUGGGUUGGUUGCACAAGCCGCUAGCUUGGUAUCCAUCAGCAACUCAGCUGGCCAGACAUCGCUGAGUACAUCGACGUAUACGGGUUUAAUCCGUCUUCUCUCAACAUGUGCAAGUGGAUCUCUGUUGGCAGCCAAAACACUUCUUCUUCUUGGCAUUAGUGGCACUAUUAAAGACAUUCUUUCAGGGUCUGGUUUGGUUGCUGGAACAUCAGUGGCCCCAGCUAUGUCAAGGCCUGCUGAUCAGAUGUUCGAGAUUGUGAGCCUUGCUGAUGAUCUGCUUCCACAUUUACCUGUGGGGAUAAUUUCUCUACCAACACACUGUCGUGUAUUCGUUAAAGGCUCUUCUGCAAAGAAAUCUGCUUCCGCCAAACAAGAUGGGGCUGGUUCAACAGAAAAUGAAAGGUCAGGCCAUGAGAGUCUAUUACGUGAGCACCCUGAACUUCUACAACAGUUUGGUAUGGACUUAUUACCCGUAAUGACACAGGUGUAUGGUUCAAGCGUAAAUGCACCAAUACGUCAUAAGUGCUUAUCUAUUAUUGGUAAAUUAAUGUGCUAUAGCUCUGCUGAAAUGAUCCAGACACUCCUUGGCACAACAAACAUAUCCAGCUUCCUAGCAGGCAUUCUUGCUUGGAAAGAUCCACAAGUGCUGAUUCCUGCUCUUCAGAUAGCAGAAAUUAUGAUGGAGAAACUUCCAGAGACGUUUUCGAAGUUGUUUGUGAGGGAAGGUGUUGUUCAUGCUGUGGAGGCACUUAUAUGUUCGGAAUCCUCAAAUACAGUUCCUCCGGUAUCACAACAGGACAAGGAUUGCGAUCCUGUUAUGUCCGCACGCCCCAGACGACAACGCCGGCGCGGAGGUGCUGCACCUACAGAUAACAAUUCGUUAGAUGUAUCAAAUGUUUCCAAUUCUGGGAUUUCCAGCUCAUCACCAACCUCCACAGAAGUUCCAGUCACCAGUCUCCGUUUUGAAGUUAGUGGUCGCGCAAAGUCAUUUAAAGAUAAAUACUUCCCUUCUGACCAUGGUUCGAGUGAUAUUGGAGUCACUGAUGACCUUCUUAAACUGAGAACUCUGUGUGCAAAGUUGAAUACUGCAACCGACAGUGUAGUAACAAAAGCCAAAGGGAAAUCAAAAGCCUUGAGUGCUAAUCAUUAUGACUUCUCGAAUGAUGUGGAGGAACAGUUAGACCUGAUAGUAACCGAAAUACUUGCUGAGCUAAGCAAAGUUGAUGGUGUUUCCACAUUCGAGUUCAUUAGAAGUGGAGCAGUUGCAGCAUUUCUUGACUAUUUGUCGUGUGGGACAUUUGGAAAGGAAAGGGUAUCUGAAGCAAACCUUCCAAAGCUUCGCCAGCAGGUGCUCAGGCGAUACAAAUUCUUCAUAUCUGUUGCCCUUUCUGUUGAUCACGGAAGGAACGAAACUCCAAUGACACUUUUGGUCCAAAAACUGCAAAGUGCUUUCUGUUCAUUGGAACGUUUCCCUGUUGUGCUCAGCCAGUCUAGCAGAAUUGGUACUGGAGGCUCCCGUCUGACCUCAGGUCUUGGUGCUCUGUCUCAACCCUUCAAGUUGCGUCUGUGUCGUGCUCAAGGCGAAAAAUCACUUCGGGAUUAUUCAUCAAAUAUUGUACUUAUUGAUCCCUUUGCAAGUCUAGCAGCUGUUGAAGAAUUUCUUUGGCCCAGAGUUCAGCGCAGUGAGGCUGCUUCCAAACCUAUAGUCCCAUCUGCAAAUUGUUCUGAAUCUGCUGUACCUGGAACUACCGCUGGUGCGUUAUCAACACCUGCAUCAGCUCAAUCUGCCCGUUGUCCGACGACAAGAUCAAAGUCGUCUGCUGCAAGUAGUGGCACAUCUAAUAAGGAGUCCCUGGAGGAAAGCAGUAGUACUGCCAAGGGAAAAGGCAAAGCUGUUCUAAAACCAAGCUCGAGCUCGGCUGAACCAAAGGGGCCCAAUACAAGGAAUUCUACUCGCAGAAAAGCUGCUUUAGAGAAAGAUUUGGAAAUGAAGCAAACACAUGGUGACAGUACUUCUGAGGAUGAGGAUCUUGACACAUCUCAUAUUGAGAUUGAUGAUGCUUUAAUGAUUGAUGAUGAUGACAUUUCAGAAGAUGAAGAUGAUGAUCAUGAGGUUCUCCAAGAGGGGUCUCUUCCUAUUUGUGUUCAAGAUGGGGUGCAUGAUGUGAAAUUGGGUGACACUGAUGAUUCUAAUGUUGGUUCAGCAAGUGAUAACCAGGCACAUCCAUCAUCUGGUUCCAGUGCUCGAAACAUAAUGAGCAGGGGAGCAAAUGCUGCUGAAUUUCGAAGUGCAAGUACCUUCGGGUCACAAGGUGCAAUGUCAUUUGUUGCUGCGACAAUGGCUGGGCUGACUUCUGGUGGCAGCCGUGGUGUUAGAGGCAGUCGGGAUCGCCGUGGCCUGUCACUUGGAGGUAGCAUGAAUCAACAGAACAAACUUAUAUUUAUGGCUGGUGGGAAGCAGCUUAGCAAAAAUUUGACCGUAUAUCAAGCUAUCCAACGUCAGCUGAUGCUUGAUGAGGAUGAUGAAGAAAGGUUCAAUGGAUCUGACUUGCCAAAUGAUGGAAACCGCUUCUGGGGUGAUGUGUUCACAAUAACUUACCAGAAGGCUGAUAGCCAGGUUGAGAAGGGAUCCCAAGGUGGUUCCACCUCAUUGCACCCAAAAUCAGAUUCUUGCAGAUCUAUUUCUGAAACACGUAGGGUUUCUCUUCUUGAUAGCAUCUUACAAGGAGAACUUCCAUGUGAUCUUGAGAGAACAAAUUCAACUUACAGCAUUUUGGCGCUGUUACGUGUAUUAGAGGGGCUGAACCAGUUGUCCCCACGUUUAAGAGCACAGGCAGCAGCUGAUGAUUUUGCUGAGGGAAAAAUCGCUACCCUGGAUGAGCUAUAUGAAACUGAAACCAAGGUGCCUUCAGAAGAAUUUGUCAAUAGUAAGUUGACACCGAAGCUUGCUCGGCAAAUGCAGGAUGUUCUGGCACUCUGUAGUGGAAGUUUACCUUCUUGGUGUUAUCAGAUGACCAAAGCAUGUCCGUUCCUCUUUCCCUUUGAAACAAGGAGGCAGUACUUCUAUUCCACAGCUUUUGGGUUGUCCCGUGCAUUGAAUCGCCUUCAGCAACACCAGGGUGAUAAUCACAACUCUGGUAGUGAAAGAGAGGUCCGGUUUGGCAGGUUACAGCGCCAGAAAGUUCGUGUUUCCCGUAACCGUAUUCUGGAUUCUGCUACAAAAGUUAUGGAGAUGUUCUCUAGUCAGAGAGCUGUUCUUGAGGUGGAAUACUUUGGCGAGGUUGGGACGGGGCUGGGUCCUACUUUGGAGUUUUAUACUCUUUUGGGUCAUGAACUACAAAGUGCUCGCCUGGGAUUAUGGAGAUCUAGUUCACCAUAUGGUUCAGAAAUGGAAAUUGAUUGGAGCGGUAUGGUCCAUGUGAAUUCUGAAGAAGAGUUGCCAGGAAAGGAGCUUGACUCAGAUUUUCCUGAUGACCGCAGGCAUCUUAUACAAGCUCCUCUUGGAUUAUUUCCUCGCCCUUGGCCAUCUGAUGUUGAUGCCUCGGAGGGUAGCAGAUUCUUCAAAGUCAUCGAAUAUUUCCGCUUAAUCGGUCGGGUUAUGGCAAAAGUUUUGCAAGAUGGAAGGCUUUUAGAUUUGCCUUUAUCUACUGCGUUUUAUAAGCUCAUACUUGGACAAGAGCUUGAUUUGUUUGACAUUAUCUCGUUUGAUGCUGAGCUUGGAAAGACACUGCAAGAAAUGCAAGUUCUUAUUGAACGCAAGAGGUUCCUUGAAUCCACUUCUGGCAGAAAUCAGCUGCAAGUUACGGACUUGUGUUUCCGUGGAACUCCUGUCGAAGACUUGUGUUUAGAUUUUACUCUUCCGGGUUUUCCUAAUUAUGUUCUUAAAGAAGGCAAGCAAAACACAAUUGUUAAUAUCCACAACCUGGAGGAGUAUGUUACUUUGGUAGUGGAUGCGACAAUCAAGUCAGGGAUAAUGAAGCAGGUUGAAGCAUUUAGAUCAGGUUUCAGCCAGGUCUUUGAUAUCUCAUCCCUCCAAAUAUUUUCACCUCAAGAGCUUGACUAUCUUCUAUGUGGUCGUCAAGAAAUUUGGGAGCCGGAAUCCCUGGUGGAUAACAUAAAAUUUGAUCACGGGUAUACUGCUAAAAGUCCUGCAAUUAUAAAUCUACUUGAGAUCAUGGUUGAAUUUACCCCGGAUCAGCAGCAUGCAUUCUGCCAGUUUGUAACUGGCGCUUCUCGGCUUCCACCUGGUGGUCUAGCUGCCCUUAGUCCCAAGCUUACUAUUGUUCGGAAGCACCCUUCGAGCGGAGUGAAUACAUCAAAUGCAACUGGCGCAACAGAAGCUGCAGAUGAUGAUUUGCCUAGUGUCAUGACGUGUGCUAACUAUCUUAAAUUGCCCCCGUAUUCCACAAAGGAAAUUAUGCGCAAGAAGCUGCUUUACGCCAUCCUAGAAGGCCGUGGAUCAUUUGAUCUUUCAUAAGCUGAUAACUAACAUACAGGGCUCAGCAUCGGGUGCCCACCAAUUUUAUCCAAAAUUAGUUUCUUCGUUGCAUAUGUAAUAACAUAGAUUGAGGUUACCAGCCGCUCUGCAGAAAUCUUGAAGUUGAAUUUGCUGAAGUAGCGAGCACCGACGAGAGUAUCAUGAGGAGGAGCACCUUUCAAGUACGUGUAAAUAAAAAAAAAGGAGCAAUAGCUAUAUACGUUUGUGUUCGUUGGUGUUACCCUAUACAUGGAUCGAUUGAGGACGUUGUCUUAUUGUUAGCAAAUCUUGUACAUGUGUAAUUCAAUAAAUGCGCUCUAGUGUACUUCGGGAAUCUUUUGCCUGGUUUGUGAAUGUAAACUCCACAUAUGUUCAGUCGGACAUUAUUUUCUACCGUUAAAUUGAUUACGUGGGCAUACAUUUCUAA